ACCGAAACCGCUGCUGCAGGGGCGCAGGCGUGUGAUCAGAAUCUUUCGUUCAAGCUCAGCCACUGACUCAUCCCUGUGCGUCGUGAUGCUCGAGUUGAUUGGCGGAUGCGACACCAUCGAUGGCGACUUCGAUGCGUCAAUCGAGCGGCUCACGAUGGCCAAGAGGGCGCUGACGGAUGAGAUCUCGCGGCUUGUUGCUUCGCGAGGCGGCGUGUCGCACCUUGCCGAGACCAUUGGCGAGAUGCUCGUCAAUGCAGGUGUGCAGGGGAGGGGCCACGUGGGGUGUCCCAGUGAUGAUGUGAUUGUCUGUGUUGGUCGUCGUGUGUGUAUCGAACGAUCAGGUGGCGUGGUGUUCCCUGUUUCCCGUCGUGCGCUUCUUCUCCCCUGCAUGAAGCAUCGCUACAUCUCGGUCCUGCUGAUGCACUUCUCUGACGGCCUCCCGCGAGAUGCCGACGGCCAUGUCUAUCUGGAGACCUCACCUGCAUACUUUGAGGCUUUGCUGGACGAGCUGACACUCUACGAGACUGGCCGCACCAACACCGUUGACCUCCCGCCGUCCAAGGCGGCCGACCCGGCUUACAGCGAGUACCACUCCCUGUUCAUGCGCGAGCUGCCAUCCUUCUCAGCUCCGACACACAGCAGCCGCGGUGCCGCCACGACCAAGGCGGUCGAUGGCGCAUGCGACGAGAAGGCCCUAGCGGAUGUCAUCCAGACGUCGCUGAGCGACCUGGAAAAGGUCAUGAAGAGGCUCACGCGGCGCAGGGAGGAGGUGGUCCGAUUCCUCUCGGCCAUGGAGCCCUUCAUGAAGGGCCAAGACGACACUGGAGACGACCUGGCGGUGCUGAGUCUGAACGUCCUCGGCCGGCAGGUCGUCAUCCAGAGGCGCACGCUGUUGCGAUUGGGAGCCGACCAUCCCCUGCUGACACGAUUCUCAAAGUGGGCACACGCACAAAGGGCAGACGGGGCAGCACAGCAGGUCACGUUGGGUGCCUUCGGGUGUCUAUGUGUGGUUGUGCAGUACUCCGCCUCGCUGGGGCGAUCGCCGUGUGCGUCAGACCCCCACCAAGCACUUCGUCAACACAGUCGAGUUCGCUCGGCGAUGCGCCUGCAUGCCCAAGGACCAGCUCAUCCGGCCCCCGCUGAUGGACGAGAGCGAGCGUGAGCUCUUCAAAGAAGAUUUGGCGAUGUAUGGGCUCACUUACUCGCCAAUCCUGGACCUGCCGGCCGGCCAGGAGUGGGUCAUGCAGUCGACAGAGGAGUGGGUGGCCGUCCUCGACCUAAUGGACAGGCCCACAUGCAGACCAUCGCUGCUCUUCAAGUGGGCUGGGGACUCACGAAGGCUCCACGAUCUUGAAUGGAAGCGGCUUUCCCUUGUUUGUCAGGUCUGGCAGUGACGGUGGUGACUUCGGCACGCUGCUGCAGAAGGUGGGCGACGCGAGCGGUCUGCUGUUCCUCGUCAGCCACAACGAUACACACCGAUUCGGCGCUUUCGUCGACGGACAACUCAAGCCGCCCAGCACACGGACCAAUAAAUACAAGGUGCCCUCCUUCCUCAUUUCGAUCAGCGGGGCAUACUCUCGGCCGACCAAGGUGCCCAUCCCCGAGGCCAGACAGGUGGUCGAGGUCGCCAGCCGCGACGCGUUCAUGAAAGCUAGAAAUGCGGACUCACGUGGCAAGGUGUUAAGAGGGGAGGGGGGGAAGAACAAAGCAGCACAAACAGAAGGACACGGCUAUUACAUUACUGCGGACAGUUGUAUUUGAGUGACGGGUACCUGUGGCUUGCGUGGGCCACCCCCGGCCCGGCAGAUGACGUCCGAAGCAUGCAUCAGUGGGUCAAGAAGGAGGACUUGCCCGACAAGGACUACCUCGGCCAAUUCAACGACCACAACGACGAAUGCACACUGGCGGGAGACUGGUACUUCACCGCCAAGGAGAUGGAGAUAUGGCACAUCGAGACCGCCAGGGGUGGUUGGUUUGAAGAGGCAGCACCGCACGCUGCUGUCGAGGUCGGGUCGAGGAAGCCGAAGGGUUUCAUCAGCUGGCUGUGGCGGCGGGGAGAUGAAUAAGUAGAUGGCCGAUAGUUGCGCGUGGAUGCGUGGUAGGGGCCUGGCAGUCCUCCUGGUUGAGUGUGUGUGUGUGAGUGUGUUUUUCGUGCGAGUCGACCGUGGCAUUAGUCGUUUUUGGCUCUCUGACCCUCCCGUGGCCUCUAUAAGUACUCUCUCAUGGUUUUUGCUGGCGUGAACGGGGGAAGGGUCAGAAAGCGGGCCCAUGUCCGUCUGCCUGUCUGUCUGUCUGACUGACUGUGUGUAUGCGCGACAGACAACAGGUGACACCGACCAGUGGUUUAUUUCGCCGUCUGCAUAUCUGUGGAAGUGUGUCUUCCUUUGCCUCACCUGCCGUGUGUGUACAGUAAAUAUAUCGACACGACGUGCCCCUGCGUGGCUCCAUCCACCCAUCCGUUCAUCCGAUGAUCCGCCGUGCUUGUGUGUGUCCGUGUGGUGACAUGUCUUGUAUCGCGACUGACAGACUGACAGACAGACAGGCAGGCAGACAGACAGACCGGUCGGUCCGUCCAAAAAUACAUUCAUGGAUGAACAGAUGGAUGGAUAGAUGGAUUCUCAGUCGAUGGCCAUGUUGGUGUGGGUCUCAUGAUCGACCACUCUGCAUAUCAACGGGACGGUGCGGCAGCAGUCAAUUUAUCAAUCA